AUGUUUGACUGUGUCAAACUGUAUCCUGUUGGCAAUCAUCUUCUCAAUAAGUUUACCAAAGGUGAUGAGGAGUGCUAUAGGCCAGAAAGCCUUUGGGACAUCUCUGGGCUUUUCAUUGCUCCAGUAAUGAAGCUCUUCUAUAUCAAAGUGGCGCCAUUUAACACGACACUACUCUCCUUUGUGGACAAUGGGACCAUGUUGGCCCAGUCCAAACAGCUUCGUGAUAACAAUGUGGGCCUGUGUAAGGCCUACAAAAUUAUCUACCUCCUCUUUGUUGCUUUCGCACUCAUCCUUGAACACGACAAGACUGAGCUGUUUCACUUCUCGUGUCCUCGCGAUGCAUAUAAUCCUUCACUUGAUUUGGGGUACGCCCCACACAUGGGCGAUACCCCUCUUACACCCAAGACCUAUUGGAGGUAUUUGGGCUUCUACUUUGACCGCAGGCUCACAUUUCAUGAGCACGUUCGCUACUAUGCCACCAAGGCAUUCACCACUGUGCAGGCUAUGCGCAUGCUUGGAAACUCCACUAGAGGUCUCUUGCCUAAACAGCGGCGCCUCCUUUAUAGAUCAUGUGUGGUUCCCAUUGCCACAUACAGUUAUCGUCUCUGGUACUUCGAUGGCGCCUGUAAUAAGGGUGCCAUGAACCAGCUAAAACGGAUGCAGCAAAAAGCUGCUCUAUGGAUUACGGGUGCCUUCCGCACCUCACCUACAGGCAGUCUUGAGGCCCUUGCUGGUCUCAUCCCUGUUCAUCUCAUGCUGAAGAAGCUGGUGAUGCGCACAGUGUAUCGGGUCGCUACCCUCUCAGACACUCACCCUCUUCACUCCAUGAUGGGCGAGAGGCUCCUCAAGCGGGCUGAACCCCACACCCGUUCUGCUGCCUUGGUGACCCCAGCUAUGCAGGGGAAAGUCAAGAGCACCAUUAUGGAGGUGGAUGAGUGUGUCCACACCUUAACUGAGAGCUUCGAGCCCUUUGUGCCCAAAGCUCACCCUGGUGAUCAGUUACUGGACCACUAUGCAGACUGUCUCCACUUUGACGAGCGUGAUCCUACCCAGGAUAGGUGCCCAUAUCUCGACGAGCUCAUCGCAACAGCAAGGGCCGACCCUUUAACAGUACUGGCUGCAACUGAUGGCUCUGUCCCUCAGUCCAACCAGUAUCAGGCUGCUUCAGCUGCCAUCAUCUACAAGGGGCACUGUGAACUCGAAAGGACUCGCUAUGUCUCUGGCAGGGUUACUGCCCCAGAUGCGGAACUCAAAGCCAUCUCGUGUGCAGUGCGCCUGGCUGUCAAGCAGGCAGACUGCCAACAUAUCAUGGUCUUUACUGACUCUAUGGGCUCAGCCCACAGAGCAGUGGACCCCUCCGUGCACUCUGGUCAGGCUUUUAGCCUGUCAGUAUGUCGCACACUCCAAGAGUGGUUUGAGGCAGAUGAUCUCCACCGCAUCACCUUCAUUUACAUUCCAUCUGCAUUGUAG